AUGUCCCUGAAUCACAUUCCAAAAGUCGACAUCCAACCAUUCGUUAACAUGCUCGAGGAUCAGCUAAGCUACCGGAAACCAACAGGAACUAUACCCAAAACCGUUAAACCAUCCUUCGAACAGUGGCAACGCGAAACGAUUGGAGUACGCAAGGUUCGUGAGCUGCAGCAGAUGCACGAAAAGGAAAGCGACAUUCGUAGGAAACGAGAAAUAGAGUUGACGGAAAAGCUUAAACAUUUGGAUAUACAGCGGCAAGCAGAAGCAGACAGAAUGAGGAAGGUGGAAGCAGAUCUUCGGCAGCAACUGCAAGAAUUUCGGGAACAUCACGAAGGAAUCUAUAGACAGCGCUUGCUAGAUUUGGAGAAACGUGACGACGAGCUGAACCAACUUCGACGGGUGGAAAAGCAGUUACGCGAUGAGUUAGAUGUAGCUCAUGGACGACAACCAAGCUUAGGGGAUAGUGUUUUCAAUAUUAGUCCCCGAACAGGUAACAUUCCUCCUCCUCCAUCUGCUACGUCACCGGUAAGUACCACGAUUCCGAACCAAAAUGCAAAUAUGAACCCAGAGUUUUCAAAUGUGUUUACCGCACCCAUAAGCUCUCCAGUUGGGGCGCGUUCACAAAUGUUCUUUGAACCUCAGGCACCCUCUCCACUAAAUAUUUUUCCAAAUUACACACCACCAAUUCAACCAACAUACAUUCAAACACACCCGAACGAUUUUCAACACCCUGUAGAGAAUAAUACGCAGUUUCAGUACGGUCCAACUCCCACGCAAAUGGUAGCUCGUCAUGUGUUCGCUAAGGACUUGCCAAUAUUCGAUGGGAAUCCUCUUGAUUGGCCACUGUUUAUCACCAGCUACGAGCAGUCUUCGAAUGCGUGUGGGUUUUCCGAUUCCGAAAAUCUUUUACGUCUUCAGCGAUGUUUGAAGGGGAAAGCAAAAGAAGAGGUUCAUAGCUUUCUUUUGCAUCCAUCCACCGUUUCGAAAGUUAUUUCCACUUUGCAAUUAACGCUUUAUGGUCGUCCUACACAAAUCGUACAUCAUAUGAUAAGUAAAAUUCGUUCCACUCCAGCCCCGAAAGAAGAUCGGUUGGACACACUAGUAAGUUUUGGCCUCGCAGUGCAGAACAUGUGCAGUCAUUUGAGAGCGGUCGGCAUGGAAAGUCAUAUGGGGAAUACAAAUCUUCUACAGGAGCUGGUGGAUAAGUUACCGCCUGUCGUUCAGUUUAAUUGGGCACUUUACCAACAUCAGCUACCCACAGUGGACCUUCAAUCGUUCGGUCAGUAUAUGGAAAUGGUUACAGCUGCCACGAGUAAGAUUACGUUACGUCGGGAUGAUCGGGUCAAGUCCAAGAACAAAGCGUUCGUGAACACCCACACAGCCGUGAAUAUAUCUGGUGAUUUAACUGAAGUUCCUAAUAUAAACCAUCCUCCAGAUACGGGAGCAGAAUUCAAAUCGUGCAUAGCUUGCAAGGGAAAGUGUAGCUCGAUGGAAAAGUGUUCUAGAUUUUUAAACAUGUCAUUAGAUGAUCGUUGGUCGUUAGUGAAAGAACGCAAAGUAUGUCGUCGUUGUCUUACGCCGCACCGUCGUUGGCCAUGCAAAGGAGAAGUAUGCGGAACCAACAAUUGCCAGAAGAAGCAUCAUCGACUGCUGCAUUUCGAACCAAAGGCUCCUGAGACAACAGUUGCAACAGUUUCUAUCCAUCGGCAAGAAAGAAAGGUGGAAACGUUUGCCUUUUUAGACGACGGUUCUGCAGUAACAUUGUUAGAGGACAAUAUAGCCAGACAAUUAGGAGCAGAAGGAAAAGCAACGUCUCUGUGUAUUCAAUGGACUGGAGGCGUAACUAAAACGAUUUCCGGAACCAGGAUCGUGGAGUUAGAGAUAGCAGCCAAUAGUAGUGGAAUUCGGUUUCCUUUGUCGAAAGUUUAUACAGUAGAUUGUCUUGGUCUUCCUGAACAAAGCAUUAAUUACGAAGCGUUGUCUAGAGAAUAUAGUCAUCUCAGGGGUCUUCCGGUGGCGAGUUUUAAUUCAGCAGUGCCAGGAAUACUUAUUGGUCUCAGCAAUAUGCAUUUAUUGACAACUUUGAAGGCCAGAGAAGGAGGUACAGGAGAACCGGUAGCGAUGAAGUCUCGCAUUGGCUGGUCGGUGCAGGGUUGCUUACCAGGGGGAGCAGAAAGUAUGCCACAUCGUCAAAUGCAUGUUUGCGCUAGAGAGGAACAAGAUCUUCAUGAAUAUGUUCGACAGUUCUUUGAGUUCGAGAGUUUGGGAGUAACGGUGGCUCCAGAGAGAAAAUCAGCUGAUGAUCUUCGAGCACAACACAUUUUGGAAUCUACAACGAAACGAGGCACAGACGGUCGUUUUGAAGUGGGGUUGCUGUGGCGAUACGAUUACGUGGAGUUUCCCGAAAGUAAGCCUAUGGCUGAAAAACGAUUCAAAUGUUUGGAAAAACGGCUCCAUCAGAAUCCAGCUUUGUACAACUCAGUUCGACAACAAAUAUUAGCAUAUCAGCAAAAGGGAUACGCACAUCAGGCUUCGGAAGCAGAAAUUCAAUCCUUUGAUAUCCGACGGACAUGGUACCUGCCACUUGGAAUUGUACUGAACGAUAAAAAGCCGGGAAAAGUUCGUCUAAUUUGGGACGCUGCGGCGAAGGUCGAGGGAGUUUCACUGAACAGCAUGCUGAUGAAAGGUCCAGAUCUAUUGACUUCUUUAUUGUCCGUUUUAUUUCGUUAUCGAGAAAGGGAGGUAGCCAUUUCAGGUGACAUCAGAGAGAUGUUCCACCAGAUGACUAUGCGGAAGGAAGAUCGCUCCGCCCAGCUUUUCCUGUGGCGGGACACUCCAGAUCAAGAUAUCCAGACGAUGGUAGCCGACGUUGCUAUAUUCGGUGCCACAUGCUCACCUGCACAUUCCCAGUAUGUGAAAAACUUGAAUGCAGCCGAACAUGCGGACAGAUACCCUAAAGCAGCAGCAGCGAUCAUGGAUUCACACUACGUUGAUGAUUAUCUUCAAAGCGUUGAUACACCAGAGGAGGCGAUGGAGUUAGUCGAGCAGGUGUCGAAGGUCCAUGCCAACGGGGGAUUCCAAAUAGUCAACUGGUUGUCAAGCUCUAAAUUAGUUCUGGAGAAACUAGGUGAAGUGGAUCCUGCUAGCGUUAAAGCUUUACGAUUUGAUGGUGAGUCAGGAGAAGUAGUGGAGGAACGUCUUCUCGGAAUGGUUUGGCAACCGAUAACGGAUACCUUCUCAUUCUCACUGGUAUUCCGUAAGGAAGUAACUGAUUUGAUCUUGGGUGAAGUGGUUCCCACAAAACGACAACUUCUUAGACUCGUGAUGAGCAUUUAUGACCCGCUCGGCAUGGUUUCAAAUUUCGUAAUUCAUGGUAAAAUACUUUUACAAGAAGUUUGGAGAUCAAAAACAGGAUGGGACGAACAGAUUACCCCUGAAAAUGUGGCACGUUUCAAGCUUUGGAUAGAGUUUUUGAGGAAAAUAGAAAUGGUCCAUAUCCAUCGAUGUUACUUCCCUGGGUAUCGCAGAGACAGUUUCCAGAGCCUGCAACUUCAUAUAUUUGUAGACGCUAACCAAGGUUGCACCGCUGAAGCUGUUAUCUAUAUCCCACGUUUGGAAUUACUUGCGGCGGUUUUAGGUGUUCGGAUUAGAAAAACGAUUGAAUCAGAGCAUUCACUGGAAGUCAAGCAGACCUUUUUCUGGAGCGACUCUUCAACGGUCCUUGCUUGGAUCAGGUCGGAUCUACGGAAGUAUAGUUUGUAUGUGGGACACCGAAUCAACGAAAUUCUGGAAUCGUCUCGAAUCGACGAGUGGAGAUGGGUUCCAACUCGCCUCAACGUCGCUGACGACGCAACGAAAUGGGGGAAAGGACCGUCGUUUGAACCGGAAGGCCGUUGGUUUAGAGCCCCAAGUUUCCUUUACGAUGAACAAGAAGAAUGGCCUAAAGAUCGUGCUGUACCGGAAACAAUCGAGGAGGUGCGUUCAUUCCGUAUCAACACACACGUUUUAUCAGAACCGAUCGUCGAUCCCACUCCCUUUUCCAAAUGGGAAAGGCUGUUACGUGCUACAGGCUACGUCCAUUGCUUCAUCGAUUCCAGGAAAAUGGAGUCGAAAAAAUUGACUAGUGAACACCUAAGAAAAGCGGAGCAAACUUUGUGGAAAGUAGCACAAGCUGAGUUCGGUGAGGAAAUUGCAGUUUUGAAUUAUAACAAGAAUGUCACGUUGGAGAAGAAACGGAAAAUUAAGAAAUCAAGUCCGAUAGCAAGCUACAACGCCUUUCUAGAUGAAGCAGGCGUCUUGAGAGUAAGUGGGCGUUUGGAAGCGGCUGAUUGGUUACCCUAUGACGCAAAGUACCCUAUAAUACUUCCCAAAAAUCAUCGGAUCACCGUUUUGUUACUGGACUGGAUGCAUCGGAAACACCAUCAUGCGAAUAACGAAACAGUGACCAACGAAAUUCGACAGAGGUUUCGAAUUCCUCGACUACGAGUACAAGUGCAAUUUGCCAAGAAGAACUGCAUGUGGUGUCGGGUUUACACGACAGUGCCGGCAGCACCAAUAAUGGGGCCACUUCCCAGAGUGAGAAUCACUCCCUUUCUGCGCCCCUUUACUUAUUUGGGAAUCGAUUAUUUCGGGCCAUACUUGGUUAAGGUGGGAAGAUCAGCAGUGAAACGUUGGGUUGUGCUCUUUACAUGCCUGACCAUAAGAGCUAUACAUUUGGAAGUGGCAGCGACGUUGACAAGUGAUUCAUGUAAGAAGGCGAUUCGGCGAUUCAUUGCUCGUCGAGGUGCGCCUGAAGAAAUUUAUACGGACAACGGAACCAAUUUCUUGGGUGUUAGUCGUGAGCUACAAGCAGAGAUGCAGAAAAUCAACAACGAACUUAGCAGCACUUUUACCGACACGUCGACGCAGUGGCAUUUUAUUCCCCCCGCAGCGCCGCAUAUGGGCGGGUGCUGGGAAAGGAUGGUGAGAUCGGUUAAGGCAGCAUUAGGAUCGAUACCGACAGAAAGGAAACUUGAUGACGAAUCACUUAGCACCGUAUUGGCGGAAGCAGAACACAUGGUGAACUCGAGGCCGUUGACAUUUAUUCCGCUGGAAACAGAAAAUGAUGAAUCGCUGACACCUAAUCAUUUUUUGCUGAUGAGUUCUCAAGGAGUGCGCCAGGGUAUGAAAAAACCAGUAGAACAAGCUGUUGCCUUCAAAAGAAGUUGGGAUACGAUACAAUAUGUUCUACAAUGCUUCUGGAGACGCUGGAUCGUCGAGUACCUACCAACCAUUACACGUAGGACAAAAUGGUUUGAAGAAGUACGUCCGAUAAAAGAGGGUGAGUUGGUUGUAAUUGUGGAUGAGGGUGUCAGGAAUCGUUGGAUACGUGGAAAGGUUCUGAAAACUCAUUUGGGUAAAGAUGGCAUAGCCAGAGCCGCAGAUCUACAAACAAACAAGGGUAUUUUAACCAGACCGUUUACCAAAAUCGCACUGCUAGAUGUCGGAGUGCAUGACACCGAUGCAGAGACUACGGUGACAUGA